AUGGAAUCGAAAUCUACGGGGAUCGUUCGGCAUUCACAAGGGGAAUUUGACAUUGUAACGAUUUACAAAAAGUUCUUGGAAGAUGAUCCUGAGAUUACCAUGCCGGUAGCUGCCAUCGAGGCUCUUGUACAGUUAUUGUCGCGUUCUCAAGCAAAAACAAUUUCAGAGUUUAUGGACAUUCUACAAAGUGGAUCCAAUAUUUUAAAGGACGGCGUAGAAAACAAUAUUUCCUUGUCUGCUGGAUGCGAUAUUUUCCAGCGUUUUGUCACACGUUCUUUACAUGAUGUUGGGGAUUUCGAACAGUGUAAACGUCACUUGGUGGAAAACGGUAAGCUGUUUAUUCAGCGUGCUCGCGCUUGUCGUCAAACCAUUGCGAAUUUAGGUUAUCCUUUAAUUCGUGAUGGAAAUGUUAUUUUGACUCAUGGUUUCUCUCGUGGUGUAGCAGCCGUCCUUUUAGCUGCUGCUAAGCGUCAUGUUCGUUUCAAGGUAUUUGUGACUGAAUCUCGACCCAGUGGUUCUGGUUGUCUCAUGGCGGACACACUCCGUAAAGCUUGCAUCCCGACUUGCAUGGUCCUUGACUCUGCUGUGAGUUUUACCAUGAAUCGCGUUGAUUUGGUACUUGUGGGUGCCGAAGGCGUGGUAGAAAAUGGUGGAUUAAUUAAUCAAAUUGGCACCUUCCAGCUUGCAGUAUUUGCUAAGCAUGCUCACAAGCCAUUUUAUGCCGUUGCCGAAAGUCAUAAGUUUGUUCGUAUGUUUCCACUUUCUCAAUACGAUAUACCUUUCAGUCGACCUAUUCUCGAGUUUGACGAUCCCUCUCCAAAAACAUUGGGUCCCAUUCGCGAUGUAGUGCCGACGCCAUCCGAUGCUAUUCACAAUGAAUUAAUUAUGAACGAAGAGCAAAUUAGAAAUAACCCUACGCUGGACGUUACUCCUCCGGAGUUUGUCUCAGGAUUAAUCACUGAUUUGGGAAUUAUAGACUCAAAGAGCGGUGUCAGUGAAGAACUCAUUAAAUUGUACCUAUAA